AUGGUCGCUUCUUCUCUUCUCAUAUCUGCGAUCGUUUCUUUAUAUUACUCCUCUGAUCGCUUUCAGGUACAUCACUCAAGUAUUAACUCAAAGUCCACAAGGUUACAAAAUAGUAUACUCGAAACUUCAUUUCCAUGUGAUCCAUUAGUCUUACAGAACUGCAAUGCCCAGAGCAUUCAGCCUAUCAGCGCUACAGCAACGGAAACCCCUCUCCCUGUACAAAAAUCAAGCAGCACUGGGAAUACAAGAGUUGGAAUAAAUGGUUUUGGUAGAAUUGAAAGGUUAGUGUUACAUGUUGCUACUUCACGGGAUGAUAUUGAUGUUGUUGCCAUUAAUGAUCCUUUUAUUGAUGCUAAAUAUAUGGCAUUUAUGUUCAAGUAUGAUUCUACUCAUGGACCAUUCAAGGGAACUAUUAAGGUUUUGGAUGACACAACUUUGGAAAUUAAUGGGAAGCAGGUUAUAGUUGUGAGCAAGAGAGAUCCUGCGGAGAUCCCUUGGGAUGACUUUAGUGCAGGCUAUGUCAUAGAGUCUUCAGGAGCUUUUACAACACUAGAGAAAGCUUCAUCACAUUUGAAGGCUGGUGCCAAGAAAAUUAUAAUAUCAACUCCAUCUGCUGAUGCACCAAUGUUUGUGGUAGGAGUGAACGAGAAGACAUACAAGCCCAACAUGGACAUUGUUUCUAAUGCAAACCAGUACACUACACCAAGUCCACACCAAAACAAAACCAUAACAGAAUUCUUUUUUUUACUGCAAUGA